AUGCACUUUACUGCCCUCUCCUCUUUCACGCUUACUGCCCUCGCCCUCUUCCCCAGCCUCGCCUCGGCUGCGGCGACUCCCGUCGUCACCGACGCCGUCAACACGACGGCGAUUGCCACUCAGCCUGGUGCUCUUGGGCUCACGCCGCGCAGCGGUGCAGGGGGGAACUGCAACGACUGGGGAAUCUCCGGCACCGUCCUCUCCGCGCUGUGCAGAAACGACCAAGGCAGCUUCCAGAACGCCCGCGCGGACAUCAGCCUCUGUGUGACCAACGCGGGCGGCAGGCUCGCCUGUCAGGUCAAUGGUGGCGCCGGCGGGUCGUGCAACUUCUUCAACCUGAAGCAGGAGGGAAACAGAGUUUUGAUCUCGGCGCACUGCGGCACGGGCGACGGAGGCAACCACGAGACUGACGAUUUCGACCUUAAUAACUGCUUCUCGGACAGCAACGGGGCGCUUAGCUGCUGA